AUGGCUUCCUCCGCCGCUGCCCUCGUCUCCACCACCAGGAAUACCAUCGGAAAGACGAAACUAACCUUCAAGUUCCGAUUAUUCUCCAUUUCACCCUUUUCUUCUUCUUCUUCUUCUUCCUUCUCCACUCUCUGCAGAAACCAACAAUUUUUCACCCCAUCACAUUCACCGCCAGUUCCGAAGAAAGUCCCUUUCACAGUCUCUGCUCAUGGAACCAAGUGGCAAGACCCGUACCAUUGGAUGUCCAACCCCAACGACCCGGAUUUCAUCGACCAUCUUCGCCAAGAGAACUCUUAUGCUGAUGCUUUUAUGAAAGACACUGAGGAAUUGCAAAGAACCCUUUAUUCUGAGAUGAUUAGUAGAAUGCCGUCCGAGAUUUCUACCCCUCCUGAGCGAUGGGGACCUUGGUUGUACUAUCAAUUUAUUCCAGAGGGGAAGGAGUACCCUGUACUAUGUAGAAAGUUGGCUUCUGGUGGGAAAAGUUGGAUGAAGAAUGCCGUGGACUACAUGGUCAAAGGAUCUUUGAAGGAACAAAUUUUACUAGAUUGGAAUGAAGUUGCCGAAAUGUAUGGAUAUGUUCAUGUUGGCACUUGUCGAGUGUCACCAGAUAACAAUUUUCUUGCUUAUACGCUUGAUGUUACGGGGGAUGAACAAUUCUUUCUUCAAGUUAAGGACCUCAGGAGGAACUCUGUUAUUUCAAAUCACAGAGUUGAGGGGGUUGUUAGCUUGGCUUGGGCUCAAGAUGGUUCUACUCUAUUCUACACGUUAUGUGACCAGAACCAGAGGCCUUACAGGGUACAUUGCACAAAAAUAGGCUCAGACUCCAUGAAUGAUAUACAUUUAUUUGAAGAAAGUGAUUCCAGAUUCUGUGUCGAUAUAACAAGCACAAAGGAUGGCAAGUAUAUAACUGUCAAUUCAAACUCGAGGACUUCAUCUGAGGAAAAGCUCCCUUAUUCACUUUUUUUUGGGGUUUACGUUAUAAAUGCAGUUAAUCCACAAUCUGAAAUGCAAAGAUUUCGCAAGCGUGUCUCCGGUGUUCAACACUUUCUAGAGCAUCAUCAUGGAUUUUUCUAUUUCUUAACCAAUGCUCCGUUGAGCAAGGAUGAGGUGUUUGGUGUUGGAAAUUAUUAUUUGGGUAGAUGCAGAGCUGAGAAUCUGCACAAUGUGGAGAAUAUAAUCCUCCCAAACGAAGAUAUGGGCUUCGUGGACAUGGACAUCUUCAAUGAACAUCUGGUGCUUUUCGUCAAUAAGGAUGGUUCUUCGUCUAUAUGUUCCAUUGAUAUGCGUAAUUUUUCUAACUGUGAGGAGAAGAUGAGACUUGAUGAUCUUAACCCGUGGUUUUUCCCAUUGCCUUCAGACAUGUGCUCACUGUCUCCUGGUUCCAAUCAUGACUUCGUGAACGCAGUCUAUCGAGUUGUGCUUUCUUCGCCAGUGAUGCCUGAUGUCAUUAUGGACUAUGACAUGUCGAGUAAGACAUCAAUAGUUGUGCAACAAGAAGACAUGCCUGAUAUGAAUUUCAGACCCAAAUGCUACUCCCAAAAUCAUAAGAAAAAUGAGCUUGACGACAUUCGGAGUAGGAAGCAAAAAGACCUGAAAGACUUUUCUGACACAUAUGUUUGUGAGAAAAAAGAAGUCAUUUCACAUGAUGGCAUUAGGAUCCCGUUGACUAUCUUGUACUCCAAAGAGGUACAUAAGCAGGGGCAAUCCCCUGGGCUUUUACAUGGGUAUGGAGCAUAUGGUGAAACUACAGACAAAAGCUGGUGUCCUGACCGGUUGAGCUUACUGGACCGGGGUUGGGUGUUUGCAUUUGCUGACGUAAGGGGUGGUGCUGGACCUGAUCCUUCCUGGCAUACCUGGGGCAGUGGAUUGCAGAAGUUAAAUUCCAUACAUGAUUUUGUUUCAUGUGGCCAAUACUUGGUUGAUGAAGGCUAUGUUCAUGAGCAGCAGCUUAGUGCUAUUGCCCAUAGUGCUGGAUGUUUCCUUCUUGGUGCAGCAAUCAAUAUGUAUCCCCAUAUGUUUCGAGCUGCCGUAUUAAAGGUCCCUUUUCUCGAUGUGUGCAAUACAUUGUUGGAAACUAAUUUACCUCUUACUAUUCUUGACUAUGAAGAGUUUGGGAACCCUCAGAUUGAAUCCCAUUUCUGCAACAUUCUGAAGAUUUCUCCUUAUGAUAACAUCCGCGAAAAGUUCUGCUAUCCUUCUAUGCUUGUCAUGUCCUCAUUCAAUGACUCCAGGGUUGGUAUUUGGGAAGCAGCCAAAUGGGUGGCCAGGGUACGAGAGGUUACGUGCUCAAUGUGUUCUUCAUCAGUCAUCCUAAGGAGUAAUAUGACUGGAGGACAUUUUGGAGAAGGGGGCCGUUUUGGGCAUUGUGAGGAAACAGCUCAUGAAUAUGCGUUUCUACUAAAGUCCUCGGGGUACUUAUGA